AGCGUCUUCCGACGCGGAGGCGGAGCUGUCGCGGCUUGCGAGCCAAUUGGGAAGGAGAAAGCUAGACGGGCAGGCGGUGUCAGCCAAUGGGCCAUCGCGUUCCGUGCCGGGCCGGUCGUGCCGGCGCGGCGCGGCGGUGCUGGGGGGCAGCCAUGACGCGGAGCUGCUCGGCGCUGGGCUGCACCACCCGCGACAACGGGCGGAGCCGGGAGCGCGGCAUCUCCUUCCACCAGUUCCCGGUGGACGCCGCGCAGCGCCGUGAGUGGAUCCGCGCCGUGAACCGCGUGGACCCGCGGAGCCGCCAGGCCUGGCGGCCGGGCCCCAGCGCCAUGCUCUGCUCGCGGCACUUCACCGAGGCCGACUUCGAGCGCUACGGGAUGCGGCGCAAGCUGAGGCGGGGGGCCGUGCCCUCCCGCUUCCCCCGCCCGGAGCCGCGGGGCGCCGGCCGGCGGAGCCCCCCCGCCCGAGCCCUGAGGCAGGCGGGCCUCACCCCCGCCGCCGAGGACCACAGCUACACCGCGGCGGGGCAGCGCGCAGCGGGCGCGGAGGCGCGGCCGGCCCCGGCCCCCCCGCAGAAGCCUCCCCCCGCGGCCGGGAGCCGCCCCGCCGCGCAGCAGCCCGCAAGGGUGGCCAGCAUCCUGAUGGAGCUGGUCGAUACCCAGCAGCUUCCCGAGGAAACCGUGAGUUUGCUGCAGGCCCUGGUUGCAGAUCUGCCUUGUGAGUUACACAGCUGGAGGCACAUGACAGAAUACUCACCAGAAAUGAGGCAAUUCGCAUGUAUUCUCCACCUCUACCACGUUAAGGCCUAUGAUUAUCUGCAGAAGAUUCUUCCCUUCCCUCAUCCUCACAGCCUGACCAAUUGGCUGUCUACUAAUGAGGCUACUGCAGGCUUCAGCAAUGACAUUUUUCUCUGCCUUGAGGAAAAGGUGGAGAGAGGGGAACGGGCCUACCGCUACUGCACCCUGAUGGUACAAGACAUGUCCCUGCAGAAGCAGCAGGAGUGGGACCCACAGACGCAGCGCCUGACAGGCUUUGUUGACUUGGGAGCAGGCAUCCUUGAUGCUGAUGAAGCGCCGCUGGCCUCAGAAGCGAUAAUCCUCAUGGCAGUCGGCACCUUGAGUCCCUGGAUGGCUCCACUUGGCUACUUCUUUGUGAACAGCACGACUGGCCACUUACUUGCUCAGCUGCUUCGUCAGACCAUCAGUAAGCUGAACAACAUUGGCAUCAUGGUGUUGGCUGUGACGUCAGGUGCCACCGCUCGUGGUGCUGAGACUGCCAGAGCUCUGGGGAUCAGGAUAGAUCCCGAAAGGAUUCAGUGCACUUUCCAACAUCCGCCAGACUCCGGUCACAGCAUCACGUACUUCUUUGACAUUUGCCAUGUGCUGCAGCUAAUAAGGAAUGCUCUGCAGUGCUUCCAGAAGAUAGAGUGGCUCAGUGACACCGUGUGGUGGCAGCAUGUGGUGGAGCUGGCAGCUUUGCAGGAGCACAGGGUGUUAGAGCCAUGCAGUCCCAAGUCAUGUAGACUGGGGAGUAAGGAGAGUUACCACCUGAAGGUCAACCUUGCUACCCUGUUGUUCAGUGAGGGUGUUGCUGAUGCACUGGAACACCUCCAGAAGCUGGGCCUAGCCUCAUUCCAGAACUGCAGCGGUACCGUCAAGUUUGUGCGUUUGAUGAGCCGUCUGUGCGACGUGUUUCAUGGUAGAGGUCCCUGUAGAAGGGGACUUGAAAGGCCUUUGCUAGCUGUAGAUUACACCAAAAUAAGCCACCUCUUUAAUGAGGCCAAGAGCUCCUUCACCACUUUAACAGACUCUAUGGGGAAAUACAUUAUUAAAAGCAAACGCAGACUAGGUCUUCUGAGUUUAUUGCUCAAUGCUGAAAGCCUCCAGUGGCUUUACACCAACUACAUAUGUCCAGAAGGCACUCCUUCCCACCACCUCCUGGCCUGUGCCUUCAGCCUUGACCCACUGGAGCUGUUUCUCAGGGCCCUCCAGCAAGCCUGCGGCAGCAGCCCCACCUGCACUGUGUUCCAGGCCGCUUACCACAGACUGCUGGCCAGCUGCAGCCUGGCACCAGGCUUGUCACGCAGCAGCGGCGCAGGCAAUACAAGCUCCUUGGACAUAUCCUUGUCUCGCAGGAGAGAUCUGACCCUUGGCAGCAUUCGUGCUCAGUAUAACCCAGCUCAUGGGAAGACACUGACAAAGGAGUACCCCUAUUGUGCAGGCCUUCUUUUGCAUGGCUCUGCACUGAGUAAUGCACUGACAGACCUAUCGCUGCACGCACAGAGCAUCACCUGCAUCGCAGGCUUUGUUGCUGAGCAAUUAGCCUCUGACUUGCAAUGCGAGGCUUGUCUUGCUUCCCUCUUUGAGUCAGAUGACAGCAGGCCAGGAUGCGGGUCAGUGCUUUACAUAAAAAAGUUAGGUGGAGUGAGUCUGCCCUCAGCAAGUGUGUACCACAUAACAAACAUUUUGGAACGAGUCCUGAACCGGUAUGGCGAAGUAGGAGACGGCAACAAAACCACUAAGCUAUGGUGCUUGUCUCUAGAAGAGAAAGUCUUGCAGGAGCUUCUGGGAGAAAGUUCCCUCUUCCCUACUCUCAUGAACCAUUUAUUUGAUGGGGAGUUGUGCAUCAACAAUCACUACACAAUCCUAGUAAAGGAAAUAACACGAUGUUAUUUAAACAUCAGAAUAAACUGUGCCAAACACCUGAACUUGAAAUACCAUCGUGGAGGGCACAGACUGAAGGGAAAACAUUUGUUUCCAUCACCACUGGGUGGCUCUCACUGAAGCCAGACCCACAUGGGGUCACAAGUACUCACUGCUGUUCCAAGGAUGCCUGUCCCCCACUGAGGCUUGGUGAUGGCCAGGUCCAGGCAACACAUGUGAGGAAAUCUUCCCAUGAUUUGCCCAGCAAAACUGAUGUUGAUAAGCGGUGGUGUGUUGUGCCACCACUAACCAUCUGAUCAGAGUUUGGCUGAGCAAAGCAAGGAAGUUCAUCUGAUCCUGUGUUCCAUUUAGCAAUCCUGCAAAGCAGCUGCAUGUUUCACAAGAUUUGCGUGGCAGUUCACAAUGAGCAAUGGCUCCUCAAGGUGUUUGGCAAAGUGGCAGAGGUGCUGGGUGGCUUAGUGCUGUAAGCACUCUUUUGGGGAGAAAAUUGACGCGUAUUCCACACUGUUGGUGAGAUCAUGUGUGCUGGCACUUUGAUUUCACCAAAGCAGAUCUUCUUUAAAAAAGCUGGAGGCAAGAAAGCCUGCAGAGCUUUUACUUUAAAAGGAAAAUAAAGACAUGAAAAGAAAAUGGCA